AUGGCCACCGACAAACCCCCGAAAAAGACUGAGCGUUCUCAUGCUGAGAACCAAGAGCGUGCCUACAUUGCUGCCUCAAGACGGGCUGACCGCAGCAUUGAAGCCCGUGUCCAGUCUGCCAGGAUGGCAAGCGAGAUCCACAAGAAGAGGACUGGCAAGGCGUUCCACAUCACCGAGGAGAUUGUGAUAAAGGAAGAAAUGUACGAAGAGGAGGAAGAUGACUUUCCCCGGUCUUAUCGACUCUUGGGCCCCCACAUGCAGACUUCUUCCGCUGAGAUGAACUCCCGGGUGGAGACAUACCUCACUAAUAGGGUCGCCAUGUCGAAACUCAUGUCAGCUACGGAGCAAGACUGGCGGGAUAACGCCGUGAACCGGGCGUUCGCCGAAAUGUUCCCCAACGCCGAUCAACAAGCUCAGAGCCUUUCCCAUCGGUGGUCAACUCCGGGAUACACCAUGCCCAUGCAGCAGAGCGGACGUCUUCAGAACCCCCAAGAUUCGGCGAUGGACACAAACUUCCAACCCAUCAACUAUGGCCAAGGAAACGGUCACGAGGAGCGGAGUCACUCAUUUUCAGGGGUUUCUCCCUCCGAACUAAGAAAUGAUGCUGGACUGUCCUCACCGAGUUUGACCCCCGGGUCUGGAGCCCACCCAGAGACUCCUCAGUCUCAGUCAACAUCUGGCUUUGCAGACUUCAUGCCGCCAAACUUUAUGGAAUAUGGUACAAACGGAUCAGCCUUCACAUCUGAGCUUCCCGCUGAAGCCAAGAUGAUGUUGGGUGGUGGUAUGGAUAUGAACGGCUCAUUUGGUUCAAACCCUUAUCCCCAGGACUGGAUGUCUGGCAAUGAGCAGAUGUACACCUACCCUGACAUGCCUAAGCAUAUGAAGCAGGACAAUGGACACGAUGGACAGGGCCUUGAUGUGCAUUCCAACCUGUUUGACGACAACCUUGGGCAAAUGGACUGGGACACAUCGGCACAGCCGAACACCGGCGAGGAGCCUUCCUGGGAUACAUUUCUUAACGAUACUGCGUGGACCACCGACCAACCGUGA